AUGGCAGUCAAGGGCGUCGAUAUCGCCUUCCUCGGGCAAAACGACCUCUGCAUGUCGAUGGGCCUGUACGAAAAGUACGUGUUUCCCCAGAUGUACACCUCGCCGGAGCUAAACGGGGCGACGGAGAAGCUCGUCGCGGCGGCGCGCAAGAACAAUGUUAUCCUGGGCCUUUUCCUAUUUGGCACGGACCGUGUGGGGGAGUUUCUGAAGCAGGGGUUCACGUUCAUCAGCAUCGGCAGCGAGCUUCACCACGCCGUGACGCAGGCCGCCGCGCACGUGAAGGCCCUUGAGCAGAUUGCCAGUGCGGAGGGGAAGCCGUGGAAGCACCAGCCAAGCGCUCUCGUGUAG